UUGCAGAAUGGAAAUGAUACUGAUAUUGAACAAGUAACAAAUACAUGUACGCGAUCAGAUUUCAUCUUCUUAAAUGAAUUAGGUGAAGGGUCAUUUUCAACAGUUUAUCAUGUCAAAGAAAAAAGUACAGGGAUGGAUUUGGCUGCUAAAGUUUGUUUUAAGAGGCAAAUAAUUCGUGAAAAGAAAAUUGACUAUAUUUUCCGAGAAAAAGAAGCACUGAUACGGUUGACGCAAGGAGGUAGAAAGCAUCCAUUCAUACCCCAAAUUAUGUGCACAUUUCAAGAUUCUGAAAAUCUUUAUAUAAUUAUGACUUUAGCCGAGAAAGGUGAUCUACAAAAAUUGUUGCGGAAUUCAGGCGGAAAAUUAAGUUUGGAUGUGACGCGAUUUUUUUGUAGUGAAAUUGUUGUGGCAUUAGAACACAUGCACUCGCUGGGAAUAAUUCAUCGUGAUUUGAAACCAGAAAAUAUUUUGAUCACUGUAUCAGGUCAUAUUCUUAUUACUGAUUUUGGUUCGUCAAAAAUCCUCGAUCGGAAGGAAGAUAAAGAAAAAUCCGAAAUGCGGAGACGGCGAACUUCCUUUGUUGGCACAGCGCAGUUUGUGAGCCCUGAGGUACUAAAAGGUGAAUCAGUUCAACAAGCAUGCGAUUACUGGGCUUUAGGUGUCAUAAUUUAUCAGUUGCUUGUUGGUGAGCAUGCUUUCCACGAUAAAAGUGAAUAUCUCAUUUACCAGCGGAUCGUAAAUGCAUCCUAUAAAAUUCCUCAUGAUUUUCCGGAAAGUGCUGCAAAUAUCGUGAAGAAGUUAUUAGUUGUUGAUGUAAGAGAUCGUUUGGGUUCAAUCGAGUCUGGAGGCGCUAAAUCUGUGAAAGAUCAAUCAUUCUUUACUAACGUUAACUGGGAUAUAAUUACCGAAACUGAAGCUCCACAAUUUUUGUUCACUUCGCGAGAUUGA